CCGCGGCUCUGGAUGCCGGGGAGCGGGUCGCAGCUGCGGGGUCAGACUCAACCCCGCGGGCCUAGGGUCUGGAGAGGGAGCCGCGGGUGCAGGAGAGGGCGUGACAAGGGAUGCCUUUCUGCUGCGCUUUCUCUUGGCAUUCAUGAGGUUGCCUAGCUGCGCUUUAGAGAGAUUUGUAUUAGCUCGGAGUCCGUCUGACAAGUGAGGAAACUGAGGGCGAGAAUUUGAAGGCGUAGCCAUCUCCUGGGCCACGCAACCUUCUAAGGGGAGGCCGGGGACCAAAACCGCGGGGUCUGCACUCCCCAGGCCCGCUGGGGUCGAUGCGCGUGGGGAGCAAGAGCCCGGCUGCGUCCCCUGCACCCCACUGCACCCCUCGCCGCUGCAGGAGGCUCCUUGGAGGAGGAGCUCGGGACGGGGAGGAGGAGCCAGGGCAGACUCUGGGAGCUGGGACACGAUACUCCGGGAUAAGAGGCAGAGCCCGGGAGGAACCCCGUCAGCCGAGCGGGCAGAAAGCUCCGGGAGCAGCAUCAUGGAAGAGAAACAGAUUCUGUGCGUGGGACUAGUGGCGCUGGACAUCAUCAGUGUGAUGGACAAAUACCCGGAGGAGGACACGGACAGCAGGUGCUUGUCCCAGAGAUGGCAGCGUGGAGGCAACGCAUCCAACUCCUGCACUGUCCUGUCCCUGCUUGGAGCCCCUUGUGCCUUCAUGGGCUCGCUGGCCCCGGGCCACGUUGCCGAUUUUGUCCUGGACGACCUUCGCCGCUAUUCCGUGGACCUACGCUACACGGUCUUUCAGACCACGGGCUCCGUCCCCAUUUCCACAGUCAUCAGCAGCGAGGCCAGUGGUAGCCGCACCAUCCUACAUGCCUACAGGAACCUACCAGAUGUGUCUGCUAAAGACUUUGAGAAGGUUGACCUGACCCGGUUCAAGUGGAUCCACAUUGAGGGCCGGAAUGCAUCGGAGCAGGUGAAGAUGCUGCAGCGGAUAGAACAGCACAACGCCAGGCAGCCUCCGGAGCAGAAAAUCCAGGUGUCUGUGGAGGUGGAGAAGCCGCGAGAGGAGCUGUACCAGCUGUUAGGCUACGGAGACGUGGUGUUUGUCAGCAAAGAUGUGGCCAAGCACUUUGGGUUCCAGUCAGCGGAGGAGGCCCUGAGGGGCCUGUACGGUCGCGUGAGGAAGGGGGCUACGCUGGUCUGUGCCUGGGCUGAGGAGGGUGCCGAUGCCCUGGGCCCUGAUGGACGGCUGCUCCACUCCGACGCUUUCCCACCGCCCCAGGUGGUGGACACUCUGGGGGCCGGAGACACCUUCAACGCGUCCGUCAUCUUCAGCCUGUCCCAGGGGAAGAGCAUGCAGGAGGCACUGAGCUUUGGCUGCCAGGUGGCGGGCAAGAAGUGUGGUCUGCAGGGCUUCGAUGGCAUCGUGUGAGGGCCCUGUGGCAGGAAGCACCAGCUCACACCCCACCCCAGGCCAGCAUCACUGGCUGCCGUUGCCCUCUCUUCUCUGGCCAGCUGGCAUCAGGCUGCCUUGCCCCCUGGGUGGAUGCAGGCUGUGGGAGGGCUCCACCUGUGACCUGGCAUCUCACAUGGCAGAGCUGCAGAGCAAAUAAAUCUUCCCCAGAGCCAGCUUC